CCACUGUGAUAAUUGUCGCUGGAAGAGUUGAGUGAUGGAAUGAAGAAGAAAGAAAUGCGAGUGGGGUGUCAUUUGUCUCUGGAAACCGACAACAAGAGAAUGAUAACUGAAACGCUAUUUAAAAGCAAGGCUGGCUGACACAACCUCUCCUUUCUCUCUCUCGUGGCCGUCUCUGACAUGGGUCAUCUUCUUUUGUGGUCUUAGAGUCUUUGGUUUUGGAUCUCUGAAGUCAGACCAAACUUUCUUCUUUUAUUUUUUUUUCGGUUAUGCAUAUGUUCAUUCAUUUAUACCACCAAUCAGAUCUAAAUUCUAAGGAUUACCCACUUGGCCAUCUUCACUUACUACCUUCAUUCAAUUCGCUUGGGCUUCUCUGUCCGGGUCUUGUAUUGCAAAGGUUUGGAUGAGAAAAACAUGCCUUGACAAGAUGAUGAAGCAUAGUUUAAGAUAAUGCUUGAUGCUCCGAUGAAGCAUUGAUAAUAAUAAAGGAGCUAGCCGGCUUAACUUGAUUAGAAUGUGUGACAUAUAAGGAGAAAAAUGGCAGCAGCAGAAGCGAGAGCUGUGUGGCAAAGAACAGCUAACCGUUGCUUUGUCCAGGAAGAUGCCAAAAGAGCUCCCAAGUUAGCUUGCUGCCAAUCAUCUUCAACAUCUAAACAAGUUGAAGCAGAGCCCGCAGCAGCAGCAGCAGAUGCCCCAGAUCAUCCUGCUGCUGGUUUCACGCCCCUGAACAGGAAUCAUUCGUAUACUAGCUUAUCCCGCGACACAAGAUGGUGGCUCCAAAUGCAACCUACUUAUGGAUAUCAUAAAGGUUUUACAUAUGAACAAGUAAAUGAUUUGGUGGAUGAGAAGGAAACCUUAGAAGGUGGCGUUAUAAACUCUACAUCUAAGAUUAGCGAGGCCCACAAACGGAAAGGCGAUACUCAUCUUGAUGGUCAGAGGAACAGUGAUUGUUUUCUUGAUGUGCAUAAAAAUAGUGCUAAAAAGAAAGCUACAGAAAUAGGAAAACAGAAUGUAAAAAAUGUAGAUUGUAAUGGUAUGAAAGAACUCGACGACUCAACAACUAGCUGGGAGAUGAUGCAGACGGAUCCUUCUGACUACUCAGAUGCCAAACAAUCCAAUGAGCUGUGUUUUGAUCCGGAAUAUAGUUGGAUUGGGAGUGAGAAGAGUGAGCCAUGGUGGCGUAUGACAGAUAGAGAUGAAUUAGUCUCCUUAGUUGCUCGAAAAUCACUUGACCAUAUUGAGAACUGUGAUCUUCCCCCACCUCAGAAGAUGUGCCAUAGAAGACAUCCAUUUGGUCGCGUCCGGUGUUUUGACAAUAAGGAAAGUUCUGCAUCAUUGGAUGGAAAAACUCAUUCUUGUGGUCUCUCCACUGGGACUGUUCGUCCUCGGGGCUUUGCUAACCCUGGAAGAUCACAAGAGAGACCGGGGAAUUUAUAUGAUGAAACGUCAAGUUACUGUACAACUCACGAGAAUAUGACAGAGGGAGUAGAAAAUUCUGGCUGUGAAUUUAGCAAAGCUCAGCUGAUGGAAGCACUAUGUCAUUCUCAAACACGAGCAAGGGAAGCCGAAGAGGCAGCCAAGGAAGCAUACGCCGAGAAAGAGCACAUUGUUACACUCUUCUUCAGGCAAGCCUCGCUACUUUUUGCCUAUAAACAGUGGUUCCAAUUGCUGCAGCUGGAAACACUUUGUAUUCAGUUUAAGAAGAAUGACCAGCAAAUCUCCACUCUAUUCCCACUAGUCCUUCCAUGGACGACUUCUAACAACAACAUUAGAAAACCAAGCAGGAGCUUCAGCCGUAAAGGGGCCAGGGGUAAAGGAGAAAAACAACGCCAGCCGGAUCAUGACCUGACGAAAUACGCGGUUGCUUUCGCAUUGGGAUUGAGCCUUGUUGGUGCUGGCUUGCUCCUUGGAUGGACUGUGGGUUGGAUGUUACCUCAUUUCUAGGCCUGCCUGAGUUUUAGCAAGCCAACUUCUUAUGCUUCUGGUGAUAUCUAUUACUAUUGGUUCUAAAAUAGAAUAUGUCUAUGAGUAAAUAAUUUUCUUUAGAUUUUCUCCUUUCUUUUUUUUAGGCUUUUUGUACGUAAAUUGUCUAGUCUACUUCUAUGUAUAGAAUGAUUUUUCGUGAGAUGUUGUAUAUAUGUUUUGAGUAGAUGUUUCUGUAAGCUGUAUGCAAGUCAUAUUUAGUUUCCCUUGAGUAUUCCAAGCUAGUUUCUGUUUCAUAUCCAUUGAUCAGGAAUGCAAAAAAUAUUUGUUAUUCA